AAAAGGAUUAUAGCAGUCUUUGUGACAAGCAACCAAUAGGAAGACUUCUCUUCAGGAAAUUCUGUGAUAUACGGCAAGAUCUAAAGGGAUGCAUUGAAUUCCUAGAUGCAGUGAAUACGAAGUGGCCGCUGACGAGGACCGCAGAAGCUGUGGACUGCAAAUCCUACACAUGUUCUUCGAUGCUGAGGCAGCAACCCCUUUACCAGAAAUACCUGCCCGUGUUUUGAAAGAAUGUCGGUUGAGACUGAAGCAGAACCCCGGCAAGGACGUCUUCGAGGAAUGCACGAGAAUUGUCCAUAAUUACUUAAGUGGAGAACCAUUUGAAGCAUACAAAGAAAGCUCAUAUUUUUCUCGCUUUCUACAGUGGAAAUGGUUGGAAAGGCAACCAGUAACAAAGGACACAUUUAGACAUUACAGAGUUCUAGGAAAAGGCGGAUUUGGUGAGGUUUGUGCCUGUCAAGUGCGAGCUACAGGAAAGAUGUAUGCAUGUAAGAAGCUAGAGAAAAAAAGAAUAAAGAGGAGGAAAGGUGAAGCCAUGGCUCUCAAUGAAAAGAGAAUCCUAGAAAAAGUGCACAGCAGAUUUGUAGUUAGUUUGUGCUACACUUACGAAACCAGAGAUUUCUUGUGCUUGGUGCUAACCAUUAUGAAUGGAGGGGACUUGAAGUUUCACAUCCACAACUUGGGCAACCCUGGCUUUGAGGAGGAGAGAGCUAUUUUCUAUGCCGCCGAGCUGUGCUGUGGCUUGGAGGAUUUGCAGAGGGAAAGAAUUGUGUACAGAGACUUAAAGCCUGAGAAUAUCCUCCUCGAUGACCGCGGGCACAUCCGGAUCUCAGACCUGGGUUUGGCCAUGGAGAUCCCGGAAGGGGAGACCAUCCGAGGAAGAGUGGGGACUGUCGGCUACAUGGCUCCUGAAGUUAUCAAUAAUGAACACUAUACAUUUAGUCCUGAUUGGUGGGGACUUGGCUGUCUGAUGUAUGAAAUGAUUGAGGGACAUUCUCCAUUCAGAAAAUUCAAAGAGAAAGUCAAGCGAGAGGAGGUGGACCGAAGAGUGAGGAAGGACACUGAGCAAUAUUCGGAGAAGUUUUCAGAGGAUGCCAAGUCCUUCUGCAAGAUGUUACUCACCAAGAAUCCCAAACAACGGCUGGGCAGCAAAGCAGGAGCAGUGGAAGUGAAGGCUCACCCUGUGUUUAAGGACAUUAACUUCAAGAGGCUGGAAGCAAAUAUGUUAGAGCCACCAUUCUGUCCUGAUCCGCAGGCCAUUUACUGUAAGGACGUCGUGGAUAUAGAGCAGUUCUCCACGGUGAGAGGCGUCUACCUGGACACUGCUGACGACACUUUCUACAGUCAGUUUGCUACGGGCUGUGUCUCCAUCCCCUGGCAGAACGAGAUGAUCGAAUCGGGUUGUUUUAAGGACAUCAAUGAUGUGGAGCCUGAAGAAAAUAUGGUGUUGAAUGUAGAAGAGAAAACACGAUACCCGGUUUCCAAAACGAAGAGAAGCUUCUUCUACAGACUCUUCAGGAGAGGGACAUCUCUCACCAGGGAUCGAGCAUUCCAGAACUUCCAGAAUGGGUAUCAGCCAGACUUUCAAGCCCUUCCUGCUGGGAAGCCGACUGCUACCUCACAGAUUGACCAUGAUCCUUGGGGUCACCAUCAAGAGGCAGGCUCAUCUCUCCUUACACACUGAGACAUGGGACAAUGCAAGUACAGAGAGCCAAAGACUGCAAGAAGAUGCUAAAAGCAGACAGAGGGGCAAAAAGACACAUUAUGCUCAGAGGAGUGACCUUUAAACAACAACUGACUUCUCAACAGCCAGAACGAAAAGCAGAAGACAGUGAAAUCCAAAUCUUUCAUCUGCCGCAGAAAAGUAUCUGCCAACCUUGGAUUCUAUACCUAUCCAAAAAUCCACUGAGAAUGAAGACAAAGUAAAGAUUUUUUUCUGAAAAACUGAAACAGAGAUUUCAACAAUAAAAGGUCCACUAAAAGCAACUCCAUACAGUAUUUUCCUGGCAGAGGAAAAUGAGCCCAGAGGGAAGAUUGGAGAUGUAGGAGGGAAGGAAGAGUAAGAAAAAGGGUAAAUAUGGGAGUCGAUUUAAACAAAUGGGGAUUGUGCAAACCAGCCAUGAUUGUGUCUGUGUCCUCUGUGGUAUGCAUGUGUACUUACAUAGAAUUAAAAUAUGCAGUGAUGACACUCUCAACUGGAAGAAGCUUCGGGGGAGACAGGCAGGAGCCACCAAGUCACCUUCGGGGGCUCCUGGCCCACUUGCCUUAUUCCUUGUGGCUCUGCCUCAUGCCCCACGGGCUCCUACCUGCUUUGGGGUUCAGAGUGGGUGCCUACCCUCAGCUGCAGUACCCCAUCUGUGGGGGCCACUGGGAGCUUUAAACAUUUCCCUCUUGGGGCGCCUAGGUGGCUCAAUGGGUUAUGCCCCUGCCUUCAGCUCAGGUCAUGAUCUUAGGAAUCUGGGAUCAAGCCUCGCAUCGCAUCGGGCUCUCUGCUCAGCAGGGAGCCUGCUUCCCUUCCCGCCCCCCACCCCUGCUCUGCCUGCCUCUCUGCCUGCCUGUGAUCUCUGUCAAAUACA